AUGGGGACGGUGAUCGAGUGGCCGCUGGCGGAUCCCCGCAGCGGGUUCAUGGGCGUCGAGGCGCUUCGGUUUCUUUCCUCUGUCGCGCGGAUGCUUCAGGUGGAGAGCGAGAGGAAGCGAUUCGCUCAGGCGGCCUUGCGGGGCGCCUCCUCCCCCUCCUCGGCACGUCGGUCUUCUUCGGUUUGGUCCUCCUCGCAAGGCUUUUCUGUCCCCCUUUCAGCCUCGCAUUCAGCCCGCCCGCCGUCUCCGCCUGCGUCUUGCGUUGCUGCGACAUACUCUCCUCCUUCCGCGUCUGCGUCUUCGGCGACUUCCUCCUGCAGCCUCCCUGCGUGUCCCCCCUUUCACUCUGGAUCCGCGGACAGCCUUGCCUCGCAAAAACCGCCUCUCGCCCUGCAUCGCUUCCUUCUGCUCUUUCUCCGCACGUCGCUGCCGCCCUCAAGCGCCGCACCGAGCGGCUGGCCUUCCUCCGCCUUCCUCCACGCCGAUCCGCUUCUCUUCACUUCGCUUCUCGCGCUCUUUUCAGAGAGGAGCUGCGAGGCUCCUGGCGCUCCUGUGCGACGCCGAGGCGAAAGCACGCCUCGAAUGGCGAGUCCUAAACACGAUAAAGAAGAGGCGGAAGGAAGCGCGAGCGAGGCAGGCCGCGUAGAAGGCAGAUGCGUGUCGCCUGUGCGCGCGCACGCGCCUCAGGCGGCUGGUGGCGAACCUGCUGCUGCGGCCGAACUCUCAUUCUCUGCGCGUUGGAACUCCCAGGCAGAGACGCCCGCGGAGGGAACAGGAUCUUUCUCCUCUGCGUCGAUUCUCCUGCUGCAUCCUUCCGCAUCUUCCACGUCUCGCGCGUCUUUCGCACCCUCUGAUGCUUCCUCAGCGUCGCCGUCCCCCCUCUCCGCCGUCUCUCGCGCUGCAGACGUCCCUUCGGCUGGCGCGCUAGCGACGUCUGAGGCGCGAUCUCCAGACUCCCAGGAGACCUCGGCGCUUGCCGCGCGGGCUGCCGAGGCCUCGUCGCCAUGCUACAAACUCUACGUGCGCGGGGUGAGCCGCAGCGAGACUGCGGAGUCGCUGCUUGCGCGUUUUUCGCCGUUUGGGGUGGUCGUGGACUUCCAGAUGCGCGGCGGAUUUGGGUUCGUUACCUUCGCGGCGCGGGAGGACGCGGAGGCUGCGCGGCGGGCGCUGCACGGCGCGCCGAGCGGCUGCCGCGAGACGAAGCGCCUUGAGGUUCACUGGGCGAAGACUUCCAGCGUGGCGGCGGACGUAGGAGGCGACGCGGCACCCCGAGGCGCGAAGCCGGGCGAGGCCGCUGACGGCGGCGGAGGAGACUUUGGAGCCCAUACUAAAGACGCACGCGACACACGAAGAACGGAAGUGGAAAUGGAGGCAGGAGACACAGAACCGAGCGCGCUUGCAGCGGCAGGCUCCUCCCUGUCUGCCUCUUCUGCGCGCAUAUCUGCGAAGAAGCACCACGGGCGAGAGCCUGAAGAGGCGACGCUGAAGGAAACGAGUCAGGAGCGGCAGAUGCUCAUGAGGCGUCUGAAAUACGUCACCAAGUUCGUCAGGCUCAUCCACGGCCAGGACAAACUUUUGUCUUUCUUGCGAAUCAUCGCCCGCGGCGACGGCGCGUCUGUGCUCAAGGAGAUCUCCGAGUCCUUUGCAGCAGCUGCGGCAACGCUGCAUGCCUGCCAGGAGUAUGUCGGCGUUGACUUCCGGAAGAUUUGCGCGCGCGUCUUCGUGCCAGGAGACGGCAAAGUUCCGCGGACUGCUGCGGCAGUAUGUGUGCAGACGCCGCCCAGCUGGAAAUGCACUUCUAUCGAUCCGCGGAUAGUUGGCGAGGGGCGCGAGGAAGCCUUUUACGGGGCACCGGUCGGCGCACGGAUUCGCUGCUUUCGCGCGCUGUCGCAGGAUUUCGUUCUGCGGCUGCCUGCCGCAGCGUCACCCGCCUCCGGCGCGUCCGCUGCGCGCGAGUCGACGUCCUGUUCAGACGCCGAAGCGCAGCCUGCCGCAGCUGCGGUCGCUGGCGCAGAAGGGCCGCGAGGCGAAGCGGCCAGCGCGCAGCCAGCGGAGAGGGACGCAGAUGGGAGAGAACUGAACGGAGUCGAAAAAGAAGAAGACGUCGAGGUAGUCGACUUGUGCGUCAUCGUCGCUGUACAUUCGCAUGCGCCACUUCAAGAGUUCUUCGAUCGUCUUCGGCGCGCGUAUGCGCGGCGGUCGCGCCACGGCUUCCUCUGUGUCUCCCUUCCCUGCUGCGGCUCGGAGGGCUUUCUGGCGCAGCCGCCUGUGGGGCGAUUCGUGGACGGCGCGGUGCUCUCAAAGUGCCGCGAAUUUGUCAUCUACUACUCGCCAUCCGAAGACAGCCUGUGA